AUGAGGUGUCAUUACGAGGUGCUCGAAAUAGCUAGGAAUGCGGACGAUGACGAAAUCAAGAAAUCCUACAGGUUUUUUUGGUCAUUUUUCAGUUCUACAUAACUUUUUUAGGAAACUUGCUUUAAAAUGGCAUCCCGAUAAAAAUCCUGAUAAGGUCCAAGAAUGCACGGAGUAUUUUGCUUUACUCCAACAAGCUUAUGAAGUUUUGAGCGAUCCUCAUGAACGCGCAUUUUAUGACCGGCAUAGAGAAAGCUUCUUGAAAGGAGGUUUUUAAAGUUGGAAGUAUGUAUUUCUGAAUGAAAAGUUUUCAGGAUAUGAUGGAGAGUAUAAAGAAGAGGUUAUCGACCUUUUUCAAGUACUUUACAGUUUCAUGUUACAGUGGUUUAAACGACGAUGAGAAGGUUUAUAAUGUUUUAUAAGAACUAGUUGAUUUGAAGAAUUUCAGGGUUUCUUCUCAGUUUAUAGAAAAGUUUUUGACACUUUGGCUGCUGAAGACUACGAUUUCAUCGACAGUUCUGAAACUCGGUACCCAUCGUUUGGAAAUUCUGAAAGCGAUUACGACAAAGUAACUUUUUCUGAUUUUUCUGAACUAUUGGUUUAUUUUUUGAGGUUGUUGGGCCUUUCUACGGUUUCUGGUCCUCCUUCAGCACGGCUCGAUCUUACGCCUGGAUGGAUAAAUAUGAUAUCCGACAAGCUCCAAAUCGCUACGUCAUAAGGCAAAUGGAAGCCGGAAAAUAAGAAGAUUCGAGACGCUUGUAGAGCCGAAAGAAGCGAACAAGUCAAGGUAAACUCCUUCAAAUCUCAAAUUCAUCUCUUGAAUGUCAAUUUUUUAGGAAUUAGUGGGUUUCAUUAGAAAGAGAGACCCUCGAGUGAAGAAAUACCGAGAGAUUCUGGAGCUGAGGCAACUUGAGGCUAAGAAAAAGCAACAAGAAAAUCGCCGUCAGCAAAUUCUUAAAAAUCAGAGGUUUGCAUUUUAAUUUUUCAAAUUGAUCAUUGAAAUACCUUUUUAAGUUUUUAAGUCAUCCUUGUUCUGAAUUUUUUGUUUCUGAAACCUUGACCAUUUGAAAUAUUCUCAUGCAAUUCCAUAAAGAUAUCGUUGAUUAAAAAAUGUUUCAGAGAAAUGGAAGAAUAUAUGGAGGACGAAAAUGCGGCCGCAGAACGACAAGCUCACUUGGAAGAGCUUUCCAAGCAAUUGGCCGAAGAUUUUGGAGAAAGUUGUAGCGAACCCGAAAAUGAAGAAGACGAUGGCCUUCAGUGUAUCGUCUGCAACAAGUUUUUCAAGACGGCGUGGGUUUUAUACGAAAUUCAAUUAAAAGUUAAGAUUAUAGUACGUUUUCAUUCAGAAAAUUUGAUGAAAAUAUUUCGGUAUUAUUUUUAUUUCAUUUCAUACCUUUUUUUCUCUUUUGAAAAAGAUGAUGGGCAGGCUCAGGUGUUCCUAACGUCUUUCGCACAGUUCUACGGGUUUCUGAGUGAUCACUCAAGUGUUUAUAGAUUAUUUUUAGUGUUCGCGUUUGGUCAUAAUCAACAGGGACGAGAGAAAAAUCCAGAAAUUUUGGAACGAUUAUGAGAACCUAGUAAAUAUAAUAUGACCCCAAAAACUUCGAGUGUCUGCGUCUCUCUUGUCCCUCACCGGCAAAGUCAGAUGAGCCUGGAAAUAGCACGUUGGAGAGGGUCAUCGAGAAACGAGGAGGGCGCAGAGAAAAACAGAGCAUAAUAGGAGGUGCCCCAUUCUUAUAAGCCUGUUAUCAUUCUAAAAAGUUGAACAAGUCGAUUCACUUCCAGAAACGCUAAAAACAACCACGAGAAAUCGAAACAGCACAAAAAGCAGCUAGCCGACUUGAGAAAACACAUGAGAGAUGAAGACGCCGCCCUUUUCGGUGACUUUUUUCUCUCAUUUUGAAUUUGAUCCUCGUUUUCAGCGACUGAAGAAGUAGCAGAAGAAGAAGAGAAACCGGCGAAGAAGGGCAAAAAUAAGCGAAGGGAUCGAAAAAAGAAAUCCAACAUUUUUGGAGACGAUGAUGAGAAUCCAGAAGAGGCUGAUGAGACUCUGGAGGAGGAAAAGAAGACGGAAAAUGCUGUCGAACAAGUGGAAGAGCAGUUGGAACGACUGGAAGUGGCUGACACGGUUGAGCCCGAGCCUCCGGUGGAACAGAAGGAGAAGAAGAAAAGGAGAAGAGGUGGGUAAUAUUCGAGGAAAAUAAAAUUCCCCGUAAAACCAAUUAUUCUAGUAAGCAACAAAACGAAAACAAUUAAAAAUCAGAAAGUCUAAUUAUAUCCUAUUUUAGCUGACAAGUCGAAUCCGGCUGCUUCCAAAGAAGAAACGGAAGCCGAGCCUGUGAGGACAGAACCGAAGACAGGCCGAUGCGACCGCUGCAAGGAGGUCUUCGAGAGCCGGACCAAGCUCUUUUGA